GCUUCGCUUCUCCCGCAGCUGCUGGGAGCUGUGACCAUGGGGCCCGGGGGCCGCGUCCUGCUGCUGGCCGCGGCGCUCCUGCCGCUGGAGGCCUGCGCCGGCGCCCGCUCCUUCCAGGUGGAUUACGCCCACGACUGCUUCCGCAAGGACGGCGCCCCCUUCCGCUACGUCUCGGGCAGCAUCCACUACGCCCGCGUCCCGCGCCCCGCCUGGCACGACCGCCUCCUGAAGAUGUACAUGAGCGGCCUCAACGCCGUGCAGGUCUACGUCCCCUGGAACUACCACGAGCCGCUGCCCGGGGUCUAUGACUUCUCUGGGGACCGAGACCUGGGACACUUCCUGAACCUGACGGCAGAGCUGGGCCUCCUGGUGAUCCUGCGGCCCGGGCCCUACAUCUGCGCCGAGUGGGAGAUGGCGGGCCUCCCUGCCUGGCUGCUGUGGAACCCAGACAUUGUCCUGCGCUCCUCUGACCCAGAUUACCUGCAGGCCGUGGAUUCCUGGCUGGACGUCCUGCUGCCCAGGAUCAAGCCCCGGUUGUACCAGAACGGAGGGAACAUCAUCAGCAUCCAGGUGGAGAACGAGUAUGGGAGCUACUCCACCUGCGACUACGACUACCUGCGUCACCUGCUGGCCGCCUUCCGCGCCCGGCUGGGGCCCGACGUGCUGCUCUUCACCACCGACGGCAACAGCGCCGCCGAGCUGCGGUGCGGCACCCUGCAGGGGCUCUACGCCACCGUGGACUUCGGGCCAGGCCCCAACGUCACAGCCGCGUUUGCCCCUCAGCGACUCUAUGAACCCAAGGGACCUCUGGUGAACUCGGAGUACUACACGGGCUGGCUGGACUACUGGGGAGAGCCGCACGCCGGCAGCAGCCCCGCGCAGGUGGCUCAGGGUCUCCAGGACAUGCUGCAGCUGGGAGCCAACGUCAACAUGUACAUGUUCCAGGGGGGCACCAACUUUGGCUACUGGAGCGGUGCCGACUACAAGGGCCGCUACAAGCCAGUCACCACCAGCUACGACUACGACGCGCCGCUCUCGGAGGCAGGCGACCCCACCGCGAAGCUGUUUGCCAUCCGGACGGUCAUCAGCAAGUUCCAGCCCCUGCCUGAGGGUCCGAUGCCGCCCGCCACCCCCAAGUACGCCUACGGCCCCGUGCCCCUGCGGAAGCAGGGCGAGGUGCUGGAGCUGCUGGACGUGCUGUGCCCCGGCGGGCCCAUCCGGAGCCGGUUCCCCCUCACCUUCGAGGCCGUGAAACAGGCUCAUGGCUUCGUCCUGUACCGGACGCGCCUGCCCCGGGACGUCUGGGAUCCAGCCCCUCUGAGCUCCCCUCCCAACGGCGUCUGCGACCGCGCCUACGUGCUGCUCAACGGGGAGUACCAGGGGAGGCUGGAGCGCGACGGGCAGACGACACUGAACAUCACAGGCCAGGCUGGCGCCACAUUGGACCUGCUGGUGGAGAACAUGGGCAGGAUCAACUUUGGUGUGAACGCCAGCGACUUCAAGGGCCUGCGCCAGAAUCUCUCCCUGGACAUGGCUCUGCUCAGCGACUGGCUGAUUUACCCCCUGGACGUGGACUCGGCUGUGAUGCGGGGCUGGCCCCCGCCCACCCCCCAGGCUGAGGGGAGCAGGGCCAGGCUGGGGCCGGUUCUCUACACUGGGGCCUUCCAGACCCCUGGCAUCGCCUGGGACACCUUCGUGAAGUUCCCCGGCUGGAGCAAGGGCCAGCUCUGGAUAAACGGCUUCAACGUGGGCCGGUACUGGCCGGCCCGGGGCCCCCAGCAGACGCUCUUCGUGCCUGGCUCGCUGCUGAGCGCCUCGGCCCCCAACAACAUCACCCUGCUGGAGCUGGAGGGGGGCCCCCCCCGGCCCUUCGUGCUGUUCCUGGACCGGCCCCUGCUCAACCAGACCGUCAGCCCCCAGGCUGGGACCGAACUGCCACCUCCCUAACGCAGCCCCCGGUGCCUCCUGGGCCCCACUGGCUCCCCCAG